GAAGAAGAGUAGUUGUGUUGUUAGUGGAAAAAUGGCGUCGUCCAUGGGCGGAAUGUUCACUGGUCAGCAGCCGUCUGGAUCUCAUCCACCUACAGGUCCAGGUCAGCCAGGGCUUCUCACAGGCCCUCCCGGUAAUAGAGGGACAAAUAACACUUUAGUAGAUGAGCUGGAAGCUUCUUUCGAGGCGUGUUUUGCAUCUCUUGUCAGUCAAGACUAUGUGAAUGGAACCGACCAGGAAGAAAUUCGGACUGGGGUUGAUCAGUGUAUACAGAAGUUUCUGGAUGUGGCCAGACAGACUGAAUGUUUCUUCCUUCAGAAGAGACUACAGCUGUCUGUACAGAAACCAGAACAGGUGGAAAAAGAGGAUGCAUCAGAACUGAAGAAUGAACUCCAGAGGAAGGAGAUGCUGAUUCAGAAACACCUCGUUAAGAUCCAUCAUUGGCAGCAGGUGUUGGAGGACAUCAACGUCCAGCACAAGAAGCCCACAGAACUGCCACAGGGUCCACUGGCCUUCCUGGAGCAGGCCUCAGCAAACCUACCCGCUCCCAUGAAACCAAACUGAUGCAUGUGGAUCAAGCACCCUUUUCAGACUGUGUUCCAGGGGCCACUUCCUCUUUCCACACAGAAAAUUGGACAAUAAAGCCUUGUUGUUGACUCUG